AUGGAGUCCAUUUCACCAUUCUAUUCCCUUACUCAAGGAGCCAAAUACUCUCCGCCAUGGCAGGAUCUCAGUAUUAUAGGGAUUGCUGGCAGUUCUGGCUCCGGUAAGACCUCGGUAGCAAUGGAGAUCGUCCGGUCCCUCAAUUUGCCCUGGGUGGUGAUUCUGGUCAUGGAUUCUUUUUACAAGUCGCUAUCGCCCGAGGAGCAUCGCAAGGCUCAUGCGAAUGAGUAUGAUUUCGACAGCCCAGAAUCAAUCGACUUUGAUCUUUUGGUGGAAACUCUGCGGACGCUGAAAAAGGGCAAGAGAGCCCAGAUCCCGGUAUAUUCUUUUGCCGACCAUCAACGCCAGCCCCAGACAACCACUUUAUACUCACCACGGGUCAUUAUCCUCGAGGGCAUCUUGGCCCUGCAUGAUCCAAGAAUCGCAGAAAUGUUAGAUGUCAAGAUUUUCGUCGAGGCCGACAUGGACGUUUGUUUAGGCCGCAGAGUACUGAGGGAUGUUCGCGAACGAGGUCGAGAUAUCGACGGUAUCAUCAAGCAGUGGUUCACCUAUGUGAAACCUUCUUUCACGAGAUUCGUCGAUCCUCAGCGUGGGGUCUCUGAUAUUAUCAUCCCGAGAGGAAUUGAGAAUAAGACAGCCAUCGACAUGGUCGUCAAGCAUAUCCAACGGAAAUUGCAAGAGAAGUCGGAACACCACACGGAGGAGUUACGAAAAUUGGGACUCAUCGCUGCAGACGUUGAACUCCCUCGCAACGUCCACGUCUUGCCGUCAACACCGCAAGCCCUUGACAUGACUCUUUACAUUCCGGCUGAGGUAGAGACUCCCCAAGGCAACAAAUAUAAUGGCUUGAAUCCCAAGGGUAUUGUAUCGGCUGUUGCAAUCUUGCGGGGUGGUUCUUGUCUUGAAACCGCUUUGAAACGCACCAUCCCCGACUGCAUAACUGGCCGCAUGUUGAUCCAGACUGAUGAGGUUAGCCAAGAGCCAGGCCUUCAUUACAUCAAAUUGCCACCUCAGAUUGGGGAGCAUGCCUCUGUAAUGCUUCUGGACCCCCAGAUGUCCAGCGGUGGUGCCGCACUAAUGGCGGUUCGCGUACUUAUCGACCAUGGCGUCAGCGAAGAGAAGAUCGUUUUUGUGACUUGCGCUGCCGGAGAAGGAGGCUUGAAGCGAUUGACUACUGUUUUCCCAAAGAUCAAUGUAAUCGUUGGUCGGAUUGAAGAUGAGGGCGAGCCUCGCUGGAUGGAGAAGCGCUACUUUGGAUGUUGA